AUGGAUUACCAAAAUCGGGCUGGCUCCAAGAAAGGUUCAGGUGGUGUUGCGUCUGCUUCGCAAGAAAAUCUCCAUCGCAGAAAACAGGUCGAAGAGCUUUUGAGAGAAGGCGAAGAAGUGCCUUACUCAUUCCACGGCGUCAGCAAAGAGGCCGAAGAACUCACCAAGAAGAAUCCCUAUAUAUACAAGAAUCAUGCUGGUCGUCUGGUUUGCAAGCUAUGCAAUACUAUGCAUGUGUCGUGGUCGAGUGUGGAAAGGCAUUUAGAAGGUAAGAAACAUGGUCUAAAUUUGCUCAGACGAGGCGGAAGCGCUGGCACCAGAGAGCAAGAAGUUAUAACAGAAGAAGAUGCACAAUUUAAACAGGAAGUGGAGAAACUCCGAUCACAAAUAAAAGACAAUGGACAACUUCCCCAUUACCAAGUUGCCAGGAUUCAAGACCCCGCCACCGGAUAUCGUGGGGUAGCAAUCAAAAUAAUGUAUGGUGAUAAGGGAGCUAGUAUAGAUACCGAAGCUCGUCCAUUUGUAAGAAUAAUGUCGAGCUUGGAGUUAUCUAGCGAAGAAGGUGAAGACAAAAAAUACGUGGUGGUUGCAUAUGAGCCUUUCAAAAAUGUCGCAUUUGAGAUACCAAAUCAGGAACUUUACAUUGCUGAAUUCAACACCUCAAAAGAGCCUUCAGUGGAUGAUUUUAAUGGAAAAUGCACGUAUUGGGACUGCGAUGAGUUGAUUUUAUACGUGCAGUUUUUCUUUAAAGAAUAA